UCUAAAUUUAUAGAUGAGAAAACUGAGGCUCAGAGAGGUUAAAUGACUUGCCCACAUCAGGAACACCUGGACUCAAAAGUACAACCUCAGACUUUGAAUCUGAGGCUCACUAAAUCCCACCAAAGCAUACUGGCUUUGUCUUCCAAAAGAUCAGCUCUCUGGAGGAUCUGAGAAAGCAGGUCGGUGGGGAAUGUGCUGGACCCUGGUGAUUGGGGUGAUUCUCUAGACAGAAUGAUUCUCUAAACCAAAAAAAGUUGGGUCCUCCUUCUACACAGUAAUGUGUGUGUUGUUCCCACAAUUCUUUGGGAGCCCCCAGAUGCCGGGGAGGCAGCAUCUAAGACUAUGCCUGGCAUGCUGUGGGAACUCGGUAAGUGUUUGUUGAAUGAAUGAGUGACACAAGUUUAUUGGAGCUGAACAGACAAGGGUCCCAGUCCUGGUUCUGAAAUUCAUUAUCCAUGUGAUAAUGGUCAAGGUAGCUUAAACUCUCCUCACUUACAAAAUGGGGGUUCUAAGCCUUGCAGGGGUCCUGUGUGGAUUCAAGUGAGGUAAUGAAUGAAGAGUAUUUUAAAUGGUGCUUGGAAAGGUAGAGGCACUCAACAAAUGGUAGCUGCUGUUUUAUUAUUGUUUAACGGGCUCACACCAUGAAGUGUAGUAAAGUGGCCUUCGAUAAAUUCAGGUCAGAUAAGGCCAAAGGAGAAAGACAGAGCUGUGCUUUGGAUGGACACUCUGUUCCAAGGGUGGAUCAGCCUCAUGAACAGCAGAAGUCAGGGACGAAAGAGCUGGAUGUGGGAUCAGGCUCCUCCUCCUUGGUCCCAUUUCUCCCUAAAAUGCCAACCCCAGGCUGGGCACUUGCUGGGUGGCACCAUGCAGCUCUGGGUCUCUCCCUCACUUCUCCUGCUCUUCACCUUCUGCCAAGAACUUCGAUCAGAAUUAAGACAAGGUUGGCAAAGCUGUCUCCGCAAAUUUUACAACUGGAGAACUUAUGAAUGUGAGCUUUUUUAUUAUGGAGGUUGUAAUGGCAAUGGCAACAACUUUUUGAGGAAAGCAGCAUGUGAGAAAACCUGCAAGAACACCUGAUUUUCUAGUAAGAACACAGCCCUCCCUGGAGUCAGAGUUGCUCUAGGGCAAUAGAAGUUAUUUUUGUGAACAAGAGAUGCAUUCCUCCACUUCAAAUUUAUUCUCCCUGCCUUGUUCUUUAAAUCACCCAUCUCUGUGCCUGAAAUUCUACAAAUAUCACCAACAUGUUUAAAAUCUCAAGACUUUAUUUUUAAAAUACGUACAUACAUACAAAUAUACUGGGGGAAUUAAGAGUUAAGAGUCAUUCACACUUAGUAUGAAUUACUGCUUAGUGAAUUGGAGGAUAAAGGUUUUGGAGGAGGGAGGGUGAAUUUGAAAACUUGGGGCAUGGUAUUGGAAGGGCCCACAUUGAACAAGGAAGUAGACCUUUGCGGGUAAAAAUUCAAUUAAAUUUUAUCCAUAGGGAUAAGAUUCAAUUAUCAUCUCAAAAUAACAUUCCUCUGCAUAUGCCUUCAUUUACUUUCUCCCUCCCUCUCU